GAGGAAGUUACCACCUCUUUCCCAGACUCACACACACUCGCAGUCUUUACGGGACCACAGCAGCAACAACCAUCUUGGCCGGCUUAUUUGUGAUGAAUGGUUUUUUUUCCACAGAUUUUGGAGGAAAGAUGUUUUUGCAGCCUGCCCGAAGCGCUCUGUGUGGAGCGAAGCGUUUGACUUGGACAUGAUUUGUUGUCACUACACACUGGGUGGCCACAUGAACUGUUUAUCCUGAGGACCAAAGAUCGCUCUAAUCGAGAGAGGGACAAAGACAGAGCCCGAUUGUUUCACAUCCAUUCUCCCCACCAUGAGCUGGGACUGAAGACCGGCUUCUCAGUUGAAAGUGCUUUGAAGAAAGCAAACGCCACCAUGGAUGUGAGGAAGAAAGAAAUGGACCUCCUGAGCAACAGCAUAGCUGCUUAUGCACACAUUAAAGCAAACCCGGAGACUUUCGGCCUUUACUUCGUGCUGGGCGUGUGUUUCGGCCUGGUGCUGACCCUCUGCCUGCUGGUCAUCCGCAUCUCCUGCAAGCCACGCGCCAAGCAGGCCUCGUCCGCUACAGCGCCCGAGAAGAAACCGCCGAAGGACGUCAGCGGCGAGGACGAGGAGGAGAGCGAGGAGGACGAGGACGAGGAGAGGUCUCAGGACGUGGAAGCGCCCACCCCGCUGCUCGCCACCGAGAUCCCCGUCUGCAACCACAGCAGCAACCACUCGGACGGCACGCUGAACGUCUUCACUUCGGCCGACGAGCUGGAGAGGGCGCAGCGGCUGGAGGAGCGGGAGAGGAUCAUACGGGAGAUCUGGAGGAACGGACAGCCGGACAUCCUGGGGUCGGGAACGGGGACCAUCGGAAGGGUGCAUUACUACUAAGUCACAUGACACUUGAAGGCCUGUGACCUUGCACUUGCUACGCUUCUAUACUGACCAGAACAACCAAGCCCUGUCUUAGAAGACUGGAGAGUGACUGGAGCUGAUGACACUUGAAGUUUUGGGUAUGGCGCUUAUUGUGUUAUGCUUGUGGUGAGUACAACAUGGAAGCAUUCAUAUGGAGAAUGUAUAGACCAGGGGUGGCCAUUACGUGGAUGGCGAGCUAGCGGUCGAUGGCGGAGGGUGUGUGUCAUUCACGGCACCUGAGGGUCUUGUGAGAUGACGCUGGCUGCUGCCAGAUCAUUAUUAAGAAAAAACGACCGACAGGAAGGCGAGAAACACUUUUUAUUUCAACAGACCUCUCGCGCCGUACCUGCCGUCAAAACUCUAAAGACUGACUGCACAGUUCCUGUCUUCACAAUAAAAGCGCUGCUUCGUCGUGCCUGCGCUAACAAAAUAAGAGUCUCAGAAAGCUACCGCACUCAAGCUAGCAAGCUACGGCAUCAAUCAAUCAAUCAAUCAAUCAAUCAAUCAAUGUUUACUUAUAUAGCCCUAAAUCACAAGUGUCUCAAAGGGCUGCACAAGCCACAACGACAUCCUCGGCUCAGAUCCCACAUCAGGGCAAGGAAAAACUCAACCCAAUGGGAUGACAAUCACAAACCUUGGAGGGGACCGCAGAUGUGGGGACCCCCCCUGGGCGACCGGUGCAAUGGACGUCAAGUGGAUCUAGCAUAAUAUUGUGAAAGUCCAGUCCAUAGUGGAUAUAACAUAAUAGUGAGAGUCCAGUCCAUAGUGGAUUUAACAUAAUAGUGAGAGUCCAGUCCAUAGUGGAUCUAACAUAAUAGUGAGAGUUCAGUCCAUAGUGGAUCUAACAUA